AUGCAGGGGGGCACUCCACAGCGAAGCCCAAUAGCAUCAGGUGCAAGGAGUCGGCGCACUGCUGCUGCGGUGAAAGCAGCAACUUUGGCUGCCUCACCUGUCCGGCUCACAGGGGUAGCCACAGCAGCAGCAGUGUCGGCAGUUGUUUUACCCCCGUUCAAUCUUUUCAGCUCUCCAAGCCAUGGCAGUGCUUCAGCAAGCGCAGCAGCAACCGUCGCUGCUGCGCAUACAGCCACCACAACAUUGGGGGCAGCACUGCUUGAGCCGGCGACAUCGCAAGCAGCGGCAGGAGCAGAAGUAGAUCCCUUCCUCUGGAAUCGCUGUGCAGAUGCAGCCCUCAAACUGGCGACUCUCUGGAAGUCGAUGAAAAACGAAGCGAGCAGCAGCCACAACAGCAACAGCAACGACAGCAACAACAGCUGCUGCUGCACGCAGCUGUAUUCUGAAAUCGCGCAAUUUUCUUGGGAGCUGCAGCGGCACAUUGCCUCUCUUUUGCCGCUGUUGCCAGCGAAAAAUCGCAGUCCGCAAGAUCCGGAGACGGCGGCAGCAGUUGCUGCCGCGGCAGCUGCGGCGGCAGCUGCUGUCGAUACACCUGAAGACGGUGCAAGUAGCGCGUGCGUGUCUGCUGCCAAGCGGUACUGUGCGCAGGCUCCAACGCCACCAGCAGCCUCCAUUGUUCUACGCCUCGUGAGAACCUUAGGCACUUGCUCCUGUGAAGCAGCGGAAGGCAGCGCUGCGCUUUUGUCGCACAUGCCGACUGCAGCUGCGGCAGGAGGGGACCUCAUCUCCACCCCCAAGCCUGGCUGCUCGCUGCACGAGCUGGUCGAAGCAGCAGCUGCUGCCGCUGCAGAGACGUACGGCGCUCUCUUGUCAAUCGAGUCUCUGCUGAGGAGCCUUGCCCUUGCCUUCGCACUGCAGCAGCGACGGCUGGUUGCUCUGCGCUGCUACCCAGGAGGGGCAGAUCCGUUUGCUGCUCUGCAGGAGCAGCGAAUGCAGCAGCACACAGAGCAGGAGCAGGAGCAGCAGCUGCAGCGAGCCGUUGAAACACUGCGCUACUUCGAGGGAAGAGACUUUGAAGGCUUAGCCAGCGCCGUCGUAAGCCGCUGCAUGGCGGGUUUUGCUGCGCUUCAGCAGCAGCAGAUGCAGCAGCAGCAGAUGCAGCGG